GCUUCUGCGCGUUCCUCAUUCAUCUCAGUGCGCGUGAGUGAGAGGCAGCAGGCGGAGUGCGAGACCUGCUGACACCACAAUAUUAGUCUGAACCUCGACUCCUACAUAUUCAGGAUACAUUUGGAUUAUUAAACAUUUCGUCUUUCACCAGUCCAGAUACGACAACGUCUGUCCUCCGUGAGCAGGUGCUGGAGAGGGCCAGGAAGUGAGCGCUGACGGUUUGGUGCAAUAGGGCGCAGCGGGGGGGCAGAGAGGCGAGCGCAUGAGGAGAGGGCGUCCUGAGACCCCCAUCUCCACCGCUCGCACACACAAGUUCACGGACACACCACGUCUAGCAGCCCUCCAGCCGCCAUGAGGUCUAUUCGGUCUUUCGGGAACGAUGAUCGUCAUGUCAUGGCCAAGCACUCCACUGUCUACCCUUCCUCUGAGGUCCUGGAGGCGGUGCAGAGCCUCGUCUCUACCGUGGAGCGCGCUUUGAAGCAUGUGUCUGAUUGGAUGGACCAAACUCAAGCCAGCCAAUCAAAUCAAACAAAUUCAUCCAGCACACAGGAGGAGGAGACUGAGGCCAGCGCUGACGAAUCUCCAGAAGGCAGCACAAAUGAGGGCAGCAGCUGUAGCAGUGGUCCCAGUGAAGGAGGGGUGUUAUGUGGAGUGAUGAGGAUCGGUCUGGUGGCCAAAGGCCUCCUGAUUAAAGAUGACAUGGACCUGGAGCUGGUGCUCAUGUGCCGAGAGAAACCCACCAAGACACUGCUCUGCACCGUCUGUGACAACCUCCCGCUGCAGAUCGAGAAAUUGACAGAGGAGAAGUAUGAGGUACAGAGCUGUAUUCCCGAGGCCGCCAUCUUGGUCUGUACCACGACAGAACCCAAACUCACGCUGAAGGUGACGCUCACCUCCCCACAGAUGAAAGAUGACUGUGAGACGGAAGAGCAAGAGAGCGUUGAGUCGAGCGACCCGGCGGACCUGUUGGAUAGACAGAGGUGCCUGGUGGCGUUGGCCUCUCUGCGACAUGCCAAAUGGUUCCAGGCUAGAGUUAACGGCCUAAAGUCAUGCGUGAUCGUCUUACGAAUACUGAGAGACAUGUGCAAUAGAGUCCCGGCGUGGGAACCUCUGAAAGGAUGGCCUUUGGAGUUAAUAUGCGAAAAGGCCAUCGCCACGUGUAACAGACCUCUGGGAGCUGGAGAGGCUCUGCGCCGGGUCAUGGAGUGUCUCGCCUCUGGCAUACUGCUUCCAGGUGGACCAGGCCUGCAUGAUCCCUGUGAGAAGGAGCCAACGAACACACUGUCGGCCAUGACGGAUGAGGAGGCAGAGGCCGUCACUUACAAUGCACAGCAUGCUCUGCGGCUCAUGGCCUUUGGGCAGAUCUAUAAGGUCUUGGAAAUGGACCCUCUCCCCUCAAGUAAACCUUCACAGAAAUUCCCCUGGUCAGAUAAAGAAGGUCUAGGGCUGAAGAGACCUUAUGAAGAUGGUCUGCUGGACGACAAAGACCUCAUCAAGAAGAUGAAGCGCAACCUGAGAAAAGCAGUUCUUGACAGUAAAGCAAUAGACUCAAAUCAACCCAUGAACGCUCUGAUGCGCUUGAACCAGAUCCGGCCGGGGCUGCAGUAUAAACUGCUGUCUCAGUCAGGUCCGGUUCACGCCCCCGUCUUCACCAUGUCUGUAGACGUCGACGGCACUGUCUACGAAGCCUCUGGCUCCUCUAAGAAGACCGCCAAGCUGCAUGUGGCUGUAAAGGUGCUACAGGCGAUGGGUUACCCCACAGGCUUCGACACAGACCUGGACUCCAUGAGUGCAGAUGAGAAGUCAGACGGGGAGGGCAAGAGCGAAUCGUCCACACACUCAAGCAAUAACACUUCACACUCAGACAGCUCCAACACGUUGGAGGUGCGAACUCAGGGUCCUAUUUUGACGGCCAGCGGGAAGAACCCGGUCAUGGAGCUCAAUGAGAAACGUCGCGGGCUGAAGUACGAGCUCAUCUCAGAGAGCGGAGGGAGUCACGACAAACGCUUUGUCAUGGAGGUGGAAGUCGACGGACAGAAGUUCCGUGGCGCAGGGCCCAAUAAGAAAGUAGCCAAAGCCAGCGCUGCCCUCGCAGCUCUAGAGAAACUCUUCUCCGGGCCUAAUGCUGCUGGCAACAAGAAGAAAAAAAUAAUCCCUCAGAGUAAAGGGGCAUUAGCUGCAGCUGCUGCUGUGUCUGCCGCCGCGGUCCAGGCCGCACGAGGGCGAGGAAGACCAACCCUCACGCGAGGAGCCUUCGUCAGCGCUGCGGCAGCACCAGGAUACGUCACGCCAGGCUUUGGAACCCCAUACGGGUACAGCGCUGCGGCCGCCACUCCUGCAUACGGUUUGCCCAAGAGAAUGCUUCUGUUGCCCGUCAUGAAAGUGCCCGCCUACCCCGUCCCCCACUACUCUUUCUUUUAGCUCAGGAGCACCUUACACACACACACACACACACACACACACACACACACUCAAGUACGCACACAUACACACACCGCGUAAAUUUACGUGAGAAGGGAAGGUCAGAUAGCACAGCCCUAUCACAUGCAGGGACAGCUAUAAGGGUAUUUGUAAAGUGCUUUUUAUUUGAUUAUUACCACAUUUGUCCUCUGGUUUUAAAAAAAAAAAAAUACAGGUUUUAUUUUCUUCAGAAACAAAACUUGAAGGAUGUGUACUGUGAAUUGUUACCUCAUUCUUGAAAAUUUAAAUUAUAUCAGCCUCUUUUGUUAUCAUGGUUUUUUUCUGUAGAAUGGGAAUAGGCUGUCAUGACAGGCUUACUCUAUGUACGGAUAUCAGGAGCUGUGCUUAAGAUGUAUAGAUCUAAUUCAAACUACUGCUUACAAAUAAACCUUUAUCUUCAUCAACUGCCAA